GGCGUCAUGACCGGAUUCUCCAUGUAAGCCCUCUCUACCAAUUGGGACGAUCGGAUCACCUGUCGUCGACGUCUACCUCGCUCUCGGUUGCUUCCCCUCCUCCGGGUGCGCUCAGUUCGCCGGACGCUGAACCUGAUACGCAAUCGCGUCAGCAGCCCGCAAGCGCCAUGUCGGCCUCGGUCCCCUCGCUGCGGAGCACCGCCGUGCGCGCGUGCACCAGGCCCUUGCGGACGGCAGCGGCUUCGGUAUCAUCCCCCUCCAUACUCGCGGGUCGCUUCCAGAGCUCGGCGCAGAGACAAUGGCUCAGGCCGACGGCCGGCUCGAGGAGAGCGGUGGGGUCGAUUAGCAGCGAUACGCAACAGAAGAUGCUCGCUUCUCAUCUGCAGCAGGCCGAUCCGAUCAUGUACGAUAUCAUUGAGAAGGAGAAAAUCAGGCAAAAGCAGUUCAUCAACCUGAUUCCGUCCGAGAACUUCACCUCACAGGCUGUGUUGGAUGCUUUAGGGAGUCCUAUGCAGAACAAAUACUCCGAGGGGUAUCCGGGCGCUAGAUACUACGGGGGCAACGAGUUCAUCGAUGCGGCCGAGACGCUGUGCCAGCAAAGGGCGCUAGAGACGUUCGGGCUCGACCCGAGGCAAUGGGGGGUCAAUGUCCAGGCUCUCUCCGGCGCUCCGGCGAACCUGUACGUUUACUCCGCGUUGAUGGAGACACACGACCGCCUGAUGGGCCUCGACUUGCCGCACGGUGGCCAUCUGUCCCAUGGCUACCAGACGCCAACGAAGAAGAUCUCGUUUGUUUCCAAGUACUUUGAGACUGUCCCAUAUCGCCUCGACGAGUCGACCGGCUACAUCGACUACGACAAGCUCGAGGAGCUGGCCGGCAUCUUCCGGCCCAAGAUCAUCGUGGCGGGUGCCUCGGCCUACAGCCGGCUCAUCGACUACGCGCGCAUGCGCGACAUCUGCGACAAGGUGAACGCCUACCUCCUCGCCGACAUGGCGCACAUCUCGGGCUUGGUCGCGGCGAAGGUGCUGCCCAGCCCCUUCUCGCACGCCGACAUCGUUACCACGACAAGCCACAAGUCGCUCCGCGGGCCCCGCGGCGCGCUCAUCUUCUUCCGCCGCGGCGUCCGCCGCACGCACCCCAAGACCGGCGCGGAGGAAAUGUACAACCUCGAGAACCCUAUCAACAUCUCCGUGUUCCCGGGCCACCAAGGCGGGCCGCACAACCACACCAUCUCGGCGCUCGCCGUAGCGCUCAAGCAGGCGCAAACGCCCGAGUUCCGCGCCUACCAAUCCCAGGUCCUCUCCAACGCCAAGGCGCUGGCCCGCCGUCUCGGCGAGCCCAAAGAGAAGGGAGGCCUUGGCUACCGCCUCGUGAGCGGCGGCACCGACAACCACCUGGUGCUGGCCGACCUGAAGCCGCACGGCAUCGACGGCGCGCGCGUCGAACGCGUGCUGGAGCUGGUCGGCGUCGCCGCCAACAAGAACACGGUGCCCGGCGACAAGUCGGCCCUCACGCCGGGCGGUCUGCGCAUGGGCACGCCCGCCAUGACGACGCGCGGCUUCGGCGAGGACGACUUCGAGCGCGUGGCCGACAUUGUCGACCGCGCCGUCACCAUCGCCGUGCGCAUCGACAGGGCGGCGCGCAAGGCCGCCGAGGAGAAGGGCGAGGCCAAGACGGCGGGGCGCAUCAGGACCUUCUUGGAGUAUCUGGGCAACGGCGAGACCGACACCGAGAUCGUGCAGCUGCGGAGCGAGGUCGCUGAUUGGGUGAACACGUAUCCCCUGCCGUGGGAUGCGAAGGCGUAGUUAGUACCGGACGGGAUGAGUAGGUGGUGGUGGUGGUGGUUCUGAAAUGUAAGAAACGCUUAUGUAUGUAGGUUCUGUUGGGCUGAUUUUGAUGAGGCGUUUUCGCCGGGCGAGCGGGUUUAACAGUCACUUGCCCUCCCAUCUUUCACUCUGCUGGGUUCACAGUCGAGCAGCAAUACAAUGUUCAACCUGGUCGGUGUGUCUUAACGAGGAUGAUGGGUUAGUGAGGUGUCAGUCUUGAGUGGUAGGUAGCGGUGGUGGUCGGGCAUGGGAAGUUUAAGGCUUUGCCGUUGUCCGAUCUUGCCCUUCACCCGUCCUCCCCUUGGUACCGAGGGCUGAUAGACAGAGGUAAAAACGCAUCAUCAUCACAUGCCCACA